UAGUACUAUUCCCUGAUCACUGAUUUUUGUCGGCACACACAACCAACACGCGUAACGCGUUCCUUGUACAUUACGCUGAAUCACUCUCAGCUGGUAUGUCCGAAGAAACAGACAGUGAAGUGAAACCGAACUUGGUCCUCCGUAUCACUCCCAUAGACGCUGAUGCUACCUUGGAGCUCCGCCAGUCGGUUUUGUGGCCCAGUCUCUCAGUCGCAGAUGUUCUUCUCGCUGAAGACCACAUGGGUCUUCAUUUUGGAGCCUUCGUGUCACAGCGCGAAAAGCCCAUUGCCGUCAUCUCGUUAUUUAACGAGCCCUUGCCGGGACAACACCUUAUAAUAUCUGGGAAUGAUAGUCCUUCCCAGAGAACGUCUGCACGCUUUCGUAAAUUUGCCUGCGAUCUGAUGUACCAGAAUCAUGGCAUAGGGACCAAGUUGCUUCAACAUGCGGCUGAAGCAGCUCGAUCGACGCUGGGUGCAAGCAUCAUUUGGUGUGAUGCUCGGACAUCGAGCAGUGCCUGGUAUAAGAAACGUGGGAUGGUCGAAUUUGGUGACUUAUUCUACAAGGGAGAUGUGGAGUAUAUUCGGAUGCAGAUGUCCUUGGAUGCAGAUACUUGCAAGACCAGUGCGUAUAACGCCAUUUAGAUCAGUGCCACAACGCCGGGCCGUGACCAAAUGAUAAGGAUGAUUUGAAUCAUUGUGCCCGCGAUAACUGCCAUCCAUCCGGCACAUUGCUCCCCUUCAGGGGGCGUCUGAACUAUUUGUCGUGACCAACAGAGUCAACGUUGUAUGUCGCAAGCGUACCUCUGCAUGAUCUUCCCGUAUGACGGAUCAAACUCGACUUUCUUGUAACGGCUAGCUCCGUUGUGUCAUCUAGAAAGAUCUGCGCGGUCUUACCUCACUUUGCACCGGCCACUUGGCUCACUAAUUUUUUUCGACAGCAGGAAAGAUGCUG